AUGGCAUUCCUAUUCCGAAACAAGCAGAAGAACAACCUGGAGCUUACCCGCUCUAUCAAAGAGCUUACGCUGCGGCUCGGGCAAGAAGACAGGCCCAACCCCAAGCUAGAGGAAGGACUUGCUCUGGACCUGCAACAGAUGAAAGUUAGACUUCAGGGCACACCCGACACAGAAGUCAACCCGGAGGCUGUCUUCCAGCUUCUUACAAACAUCCUCAACGAGGACCUCCUCUAUGCGCUAGCAAUCAACAUUCAUAAGCUCCCGUUCGAGUCGCGAAAAGACGCCCAAGUCAUCUUCUCCACUGCUUUCCGCUACAAGCCCGCAGGACAAGCUACACCGCAGGUAUUGGAACACGUCGUCGCAUACCGACCGGAUAUUAUAAUAGCGCUAUGUCGAGGCUACGACAGGCGAGAAAGCGCCAUGCCAUGUGGUGGCAUCCUUCGUGAAGCGCUCAAGUACGAUGCCAUCGCUGCGCUGCUGCUCUAUGACGAGCCAAUGGAAGACGGAAAGACGCUUGACUUGGGCAACGUGAACCCUGAUCUGCCGUCUUCUGGCAACGGUGUCUUCUGGAAGUUCUUUGACUGGAUAGACAAGGGCGCGUUUGAAGUCAGUGCCGAUGCAUUUAACACAUUCAGGGAAAUCCUGACAAAGCACAAGCCUUUAGUCGCUACAUUCCUACAAACCAACUUUGACACCUUCUUCACCAAGUACAACUCGAUGCUUAUCCAGUCUGAGAGCUAUGUGACGAAGCGCCAGUCUAUCAAACUGCUGGGCGAGAUCUUGCUCGACCGAGCAAACUACAAUGUUAUGACGCAAUAUGUGGACUCGGGGGAGCAUCUCAAGAUCAUCAUGAAGCUACUGCGAGACGACAGGAAGAUGAUCAACUACGAGGGUUUCCAUGUCUUCAAGGUGUUCGUUGCCAACCCGAAUAAAUCGGUCGCAGUACAACGGAUCCUGAUUAGCAACCGGGACAAGCUGUUACGGUUCUUGCCGUCAUUCUUGGACGACCGCACAGAAGACGAGCAGUUCAUCGACGAGAAGAGCUUCUUGAUCCGACAGAUCGAGCAGCUUCCGCCAGCUCCGGUCGUGCCACCGACAGCGCAAUAG